AACGUCGCGUUUGCGUCAUCAUACCGUGAACAGCGCUCAAACGGGGUGGACGUGGGAUGAAAGACUCUUUAGCGCUUCAUUAGAAACAUUAUAUUUUUUUUCAAAUGUUUCUAAUAUUGAAAUUAUAAGUACAAAGUAAAUAGGAUAGGGUUUUUCUUCGGUCGGCCGCCAUCAUGGCGUCGGACGAACAGUUUUCGCUAUGUUGGAACAAUUUCCAUGCGAAUAUGUCGGCAGGCUUUCACGGCCUGCUGUCGCGUGGUGACUUAGUAGAUGUAACGUUGGCUGCCGAGGGCAGAUUAUUACAGGCACACAAAUUAGUUUUAUCAGUAUGUUCUCCCUAUUUCCAAGAAAUGUUCAAAAUGAACCCCACGCAUCAUCCCAUAGUAUUUUUAAAAGAUGUUAGUCAUUCAGCGCUUAGAGACUUAUUACAGUUUAUGUAUCAAGGUGAAGUUAAUGUUAAGCAAGAAGAGUUAGCGUCGUUUAUUAGUACCGCGGAACAACUUCAAGUUAAAGGUUUAACCGGUAAUCAAAAUGAAGAGAGUUCCACACCAUCUAAACCAAAGCCGACGUCGAGGCCAGGCCCGAGGUCGUCACAACAAAGGCAAUCUGUUAUGACUAAGUUAGAGACUGAUUUAGAUUCUAAGCCCUCCUCAACUCCAGUAGCAAUUAAGAGACCAAAUAGGCCAUCAAUAGCAUCAAACAAUUCGUCAUCAUCUCAAAGCGGACCCGCGAAACGGAAAUGUGUAGACCCCUUAGAAGCCGGACCUUCAGGAUCAGCUAAAGAGGAAUUCGUUACGAUACCGGACGAAGACGAGAAUAACGCUGUAGCACCGAAAAUGGAACCAGAAUUUGUUAAUGAAAGUAUGUGGGACGAAGAUGACGAUGGCACGAAUAAUGAUGAAACUAACUUCGGCGAAGACGACUCGAAUAUGGAAAUGACCGGGUUUGAUGGUUCUACGACAGGCGAUGGUAAUAUUACUGGAGGUGGGGAAGGUGGCGCUGUAGGUGACGCACAAGUUCCAGAGCAGAUCCCAGACUGGGUACUGAUAUACUUCGUAAAGAACAACGACACUGAAUACAGAUGUAACGUAUGUGAAGUACUGGUAACAACGGAUGAAAAGUCUAUUGAACUUUUGGAUCAUAUAAAAAAUUUGCAUAAAGAAGUAUACGAGCUUCAUAAAGACAAUCCAGAUACGUCUGUCGGAUUUCAAAUUGAAUUUUUACAAUUUAGUAUGUUGAAAGAUGAUAAAACUCAACCCGUGAUCCUCGAAGAAGUAUGUGAGGAUGAUUCGGAUGCAAUUGUCAAAACUGAAAAAUCGGAUAAAGAUGAUAUGGAUAAUAUGCAGUAUGUUCUUGUGCCUCGGAAGAAGAAAUUGAAACGAGCAAGUGAAUUCAGUCGAAAACGUAGCUGGGUGUGGAAAUAUUUCGAACAUCUAAACAACAUAAUAUACCGUUGUAAUCUCUGCAAUGUCGUGCUAUCGAUAAAGGGUUGCAAUACCAACAAUAUGAACAGGCACAUUAGGACGAGACAUCCUAGUGUGUACAAGGCAGAACUUGAUAAGAAAAAGGUUUAUUCUGACAUUGACCAAUCGGAUACAAGUUGGAAAAAAGAAGACGAGAGUGAGAAAGAUCUUGAACAAUCACUUGAUCUAUUUAAGCAACGACGUAGUUGGAUAUGGUCUUACUUUAGACGGAUUAGCGCAACAUUGGCUCAGUGCAAAAUUUGUGAACGAAAUAUUUGUCACGGAGGAAACGCGACUGGCAAUAUGAACAGACAUCUUAAAAUAAUUCAUAACAAGACAUCAGAUAAUUGGGUUUGGAAAGUAUUUGAAAACGCUGAGGACGACUUCUACACUUGUAAAAUAUGCCAGUUCAAAUGUAUGAAAUUCUCUGAAAUCGGAAAAAGUAUUAAAUGCAUUUUACAACAUCUUAAAAACGAACAUGGAGUUAUUUCCGGCGAUCAAAUCAUUACCGGCACGGAGUAUGAGUUGGCAAAUCCUGAAUGAUUAUAGUUAUACAAAUAUUAACUUUAUUUUUUUGGCGUAAGGUUUUUUAUCGGUUGAACAUGUGAAUCUAACGAGUGGGUUUAUUUCACAUUUAUUUAAAUAUAGUUUUUGUAAUUAUAAAAUCAAAUGUAAACAUAUUUAUUCUAUGUGCAAUAAGGAAGUACUUUUAGUGUUCAUAAUAAUUAAAAAAAAUUGGGGGCACAUAGUCAUUGUAAAAUAAAUAGGUUUAUUUGAAGGAGAUUUUUUUCGAAGAAUAAAAAAUAUUUUAAGUUUGA